AUGAUGGUUCAGGGUACUGCCAGCUCAGUGAUACUUAGGAUUGCAGUUCAGGCCGCAACGGGUUCGUUCUAAUCUGACACUUAUGAUGCGCUCGUUUGAGCUCCGAGCCGUUGACACUGAAGACUGAUGCAUCUGGAAUAAUUCAUAUUGACCCAACUGUGAAAAACUCGGCGCCUCGGUGGGAUUCGAACCCACGCAGUAAGGGGCAGGCUUCAGUACAGCCCACGCUCUAACGACCUGAGCUACGAGGCCCCGCCGAACGACUCGAGUUGGGUCAAUAUGAAUUAUUCAAAAUCUGCCAAAAUACCUAUGAAUUACGUUAGCCUGGUAGUCAUCUGGUGGAUUCUAGGUGAAUUACUAAGGAAAUCCUGCUUGAGCAGUCAACUUACUGUAUCAGAUUUGGUGGAUUCCAGACCUUGCAGUAGGUUGGGCGGGUAACGACCCAAAUGGGAUAAAACUCGAGUCGUCCGGCGGGGCCUUGUAGCUCAGGUGGCUAGAGCGUUGGCUGUACUGAAGCCUGCCCCUUACUGCGUGGGUUCGAAUCCCACCGAGGCGCCGAGUUUUUCACAGUUGGGUCAAUAUGAAUUAUUCAAAAUCUGCCAAAAUACCUAUGAAUUACGUUAGCCUGGUAGUCAUCUGGUGGAUUCUAGGUGAAUUACUAAGGAAAUCCUGCUUGAGCAGUCAACUUACUGUAUCAGAUUUGGUGGAUUCCAGACCUUGCAGUAGGUUGGGCGGGUAACUUGACCCAAAUGUGAUAAAACUCGAGUCGUCCGGCGGGGCCUCGUAGCUCAGGUAGUUAGAGCGUUGGCUGUACUGAAGCCUGCCCCUUACUGCGUGGGUUCGAAUCCCACCGAGGCGCCGAGUUUUUCACAGUUGGGUCAAUAUGAAUUAUUCAAAAUCUGCCAAAAUACCAAUGAAUCUGGAAUACGCAUGUUGAUAUAUCCAGAGGUGAACCGAUCGCGAACCCGUUUGUCCCGUUAACUAACGGAGUCGUGUAGAGUCCAUAAGAAUAAUGACUUCCUCGAUACCAGGAGUCGUAUGUCUUCAGCAGCCCGCGCGACUGGGCUGUGGUAGACUGUUUGGCACGAAACUGGACCGCUGUCUAUGGAUGUUUCGGAUCCGAACGAUUAGGGGGGGGGGGAUUCAAGUACGAUCUGACAUAAGGAUACAAAUCCUCCCCCCCCCCCCAUAGAACGGUUAGCUGGAGGUUUUUCCUGAAAGUGAAAUAACAAUCGAUAGUUUAUUUUGAGUAGAAUGUGUGCCUCUGUCCCGGUUUCGGUUACACGCAGCACAUUUGAGUUUUCAUUAAAUAGAGGCUGCUUGAGUUCUGAAAACCACUUUCUAGAUAAGUGUGUUCCUCCUCCUCCUCCUCCUCCUCGCCCACUGCUCCAACGGCGGCCGCUCAGGCGACUGUCCCGCGCACAACAACCGACACUACCACCACCUCCCCCGACUCCAGGGAUGAGGAUCAGGACUACACCUGCGCUCACCGCGACCGUACCUUCACCUCACACAUCGGCCUGGUCGGUCACUUGCGAAUCCAUCUCGCAGAGACUGGCGAACCAGUGCGUGAAGCACCAACCGACACCCACCGCACUCGCCUCCACUGCCCACACUGCCCUCGCACCUUCAGACAUCGCAUGGGCCUUUUCGGCCACAUGCGCAUCCACGAGAGCGGCCUUGACCGCACUCCCGACACACCCACCACAAUCACCGUGCACACCCCCACCCUCGUUCCAUCCGUCCGCGCCACCACCACCACCACCACCGCCUCCUCUGUAGCUGACACUGACACCGCCGACUUCUCAUGCCCACACUGUCCACGCACAUUCAACUCACUCAUCGGCCUGGUCGGUCGCUUGCGAAUCCAUCGCACAGAGACUGGCGAACCAGUGCCUGGAGCACCUACCUAUACCCACCAAGCUCGUCUCAACUGUCCACACUGCCCUCGCACUUUCAGGCAUCGCAUGGGCCUAUUCGGCCAUAUGCGCAUCCACGACGACCUGCGGUAG